AUGACACCAAACCUGCUUCCCGAACCACCAACAAAUGACUCAGCACGAGAACAUCAAAAGCCUGCCACUGACGCCCUGGCCCGUCGGAUCCUCGGGAAAUGUGCAGAUGGCGACAUUCGGGCGGCCCUAAGGCUACUGACCUCAGACGAUACAGUUGCCGAGCCUGACGCCGAAGUAAUCGCCGAGAUAAUGCUGAAACACCCAGCAGCUCCCAAGGACGAGCUUCUGCCGCCACCGCCCGCCCCAUCAGACCCAGGGCCGCUCACGGUGACGCCGGAGGAGGUGGAGGCCGCUAUCAACUCGAUGCCUCCGGGAUCAUCAGCAGGCCUAGACGGCAUCAGGCCGCUACAUCUACGCCAGCUUAUCUCCAGGGAGGCGGCUGAGAGCGGCCGCCGUCUUUUGCACUCCUUGACGGCACUCACCAACCUGGUGCUGGCCGUCAAAUUUGUUACUAAUGAAAGCUUUGGAAAUUUUGAGUACCUAAGAAUAAUUCGCCUGUUCCGAUAUAAGGGUGUUGUGAAACAGUGGGCCUUCAACGGUGAAAAGGAAGGCAACAUCAAAGGCAAAAUAGAGUUUAUACAGGAGUCUCCCUACACGAUAACGAACACGGAGACGGACCUCACUGGACUGGACGGCGCUGCCGGAGGCUACCACGUCCAUCUGGUGCCUGUACAGCUUAAAGACGAGUUUCCGUGCCAUAACAUCGCUAUCGGUGGUCAUUUCAAUCCGUACGGGAUCAACCCCAGGGCGUCCCCACCGCCAGGACACGGCUCCAGCGACCAGUACGAGUCUGGGGACCUCAGCGGCAAGUAUGGCGAGCUGACUGGCAGGAGUGAGGUGCAGCGUGUCAGCAACGACACCAACCUGCAGCUGUUUGGGCCCGACACCAUCCUGGGCCGCAGUGUGGUCAUCCACCGGGCCGCUGACCAGUCACGGUGGAUGUGCGGUAACAUCCUGUGGGGCUACUCGCCGGCCGAGGCACGUCAGGUGACCGCCAUCGCUUCGUUCCACCACCCACACGGCUACGCCUGGGGAUACAUCCGAUUCAGCCAGCUGGUGUACCACACGGGCGGCCGCAGCGAGACGGUGAUCGAGCUGAACCUGCGCCACCCGGGCUCCAACGACCGCAACGUCACCUCGGGCCACAACUGGGCUAUCUUCGUCAACCCGGUGGGCCACGACGCCGCCGUCAAGUUUUUCACGUCUCGCUGCACGGCCGGUGGCUACCGCUGGAACCCGGACUUCAUCCACCUGGCCAAUCCGAAUGCGCACGACUUUUACAACGAGCAGUGCAGUCCGGAGACGCCGCUGCGGUGUGAGAUUGGCGACCUCAGCGGCCGGCUGGGCACCAUCGACCUCGGCCAGAAGCGGGUGGUCAUGUCCGACCCGAACCUGCCGCUCGAUGGAGAUUUCUGGCACAGCGCAAUCGGAAAGUCAGUUAUCAUAUUUGAGGCCAACGGAGGCUCAAAUAGGUUCGCCUGCGCUAACAUCGAGCCUGACUACGACAUAAUCAAGAGGGUGUCCAUCCGCAAGCUGCCAAAAUUUGUCGCGUCGCAGUUCAUUGACACAGUUCGAAAGGUGAUGCAGGCGCCCGAGUGGUUUGUCUUUAUUGACGAACAAGAAACACUGGAGAUCAACUUCGGUAGAUGCGUUCAGUUCACAGUCCACUUCAGAGGGCCCAAGGCGCAGAAGCUGCAGUACGACUUUGACCGGCUCUUCUCGUUUGGGAGCGUGGACGGGCCCGCCAUUUUCAUCCCAGGCUACUUCAACUCGGCCCGCAAGAACUCGGUGCCGUACGAGCUGUGCGGUGCCCUCGACCCGGAGGACGCCGAUAAAUACAUUGAAAACAUCCAGGGCGGUUCGUUCGAGUUCCCGGACUUCCUGAAUUUCUCAUCAGGACAGCACGUGCUGCCGUCCCUGCUACUCAGCCUAGCGGCAGCUGUGUUAUGUCGUUUGCUGGUGUGACCGGUGCCGCUGUGUGAGACUCGUGUGAGCGUCCCGAGGGUGAGGCCGCCGGAGAUGCGGGGAGCAUGGCCCGGCGUGGUUCAGCGCUGCCCUCUCGGGUCAUAUUGGCCAGCGAGUCUCGUCGGAGCGCCGAAACGAUGACGGCGACCGUGCCCGCGUCAACCGGUCUUGGGUAGAUACUGGCAGCGGUCGCCCGGCGCGAUGGCAGCCUUGAGCCUACCACCGACCGCGGGUCACCGAGCAAAGGGCUUUGUCAGCACGCCGCGCCCCUUCGCACCAUGCCGCGAUUGACUCGGCACUGUGAUGACCCUACGACAUCGCACCAUUUUAUUGAUAACAAUGGCUCACGGGUACGGUUACGUCUAGUACUUGCGUCAAUUAGUCGAGUUUACUUGUCCGUUAGGCGGCACGGGCGGACAUCGAUAGCAGCGCCUCUAUCGGUCACUAGGGAAAGCUGGGCUGUAGGCGAUGAAAUACCGGCUGAGUUGUCACACGUUGAAUAGGUUUAUAGCCAUCCGUCUUGUGAAAAAGUUGAACUUUUGCCUUUAAUAUUUCUACAGGCAAUUUUUGAAGUGUCUUCACAUGGAUUACAAAACCGUUUAGAUUAUUGUAUUCACUUCAAGCCUUCCCUAUUGUUCUUGAUGAUGCGGGAACUAUUUCUAAUUAGUAGGGCUUAGUAAAAGAACAUACUGUGCAAACGAUGAAAAAAACAUAAAUGGAAGAUUUUAAAUGCAAUUUUCUCUAACAAUUAAUGGUAAAUUCUCUACUUAUCAAGGAAAAGGUGCAUGCUAACUGAUAAUUUAAAGUUCUUGUGGGCCAGUUGUUUUCUUCUUUUCUUACGUCGCCCCAAUGGCCGCGAAUACACUUGUGAUAACGCCUAUCGCUACGAACAGCAGCAUGUCUCCCAAGUAUGAACCGACUAACGUGAAAGGUCUGUGAUGAUAAAGAUGAUCGAUGUUUUUUUUUUAAAUAAAAUUGGACAAUGUUA